AGAAACUACUUUAGUAUCAAAAAGAAGCAAAAAAGUAAAUGAAAAAGAAAAUGCUUGGUUAAAUUUAGCAUCAACAGAUGCUUUAGUAUUUGCUAAAAGAUAUGAAGGAGAAGCUAUUCAAUAUGACCCUUUUGCACAAGGUAAAUUUCAUACAAUAAAUUCAACUUUUGCUGAAAAAUGGGGUAAAUUUCUGUAUGGAAUUUAUAAAGCAACAAUAGAAGGAAAUCCUCCAAAGAAAAGGCUUCAAUAUACAAGAUAUUUGCGAUAUAAUCCAUAUGGAAUUUAUACAUAUUAUGAUUUAGAAUGUGCUAAAAAAAAUAGAUUGAAAGUAUAUUUAAUGAAUGAAUCACCAAAUGCACUUAUAUAUGAUAAAAAUACUCGUAUUAGUGGAAGAGACAUGUUUGGUAAAUGGGAAAAUAUAUUAUAUAAUAUUAAAAAAGAAGGUGGAAUAGCUAGAAAAGUAAGUAAAGCAUUAUUAGUUUCAUUAUGGGGUGUCUUAUGUGAGCAAAGAAAUGGGCAAAAUUAUAGUACACACCUACAAAUAAAACCAUUUUUAUUAGCAUCAGCACAAAAAAGAAUAUCAGAAAUUGUAAAACUACUAGGAGAUCAAGUAAAACGUAUACAUAUAGAUGGUUUUAUUGUAGCCGGAAAAGUAGAACUUAAAAUGGGAAUAGAAAUGGGCAUGCUAAAAUUAGAGAAAAGAGGAGUUUGUGUAGUAAAAAAUUGUAUAUCAGUUACAUGGAAACCAUCAUAUCCAGAAAUUCCAAAUUUAACUAUUUUCGAAGAAAAUGAGCUUCGCACUACAAAUAGUUUAUUAGAUUUUGGAAAAAUACAAGAUAAAGAGCAGAAUACAAAGUUAGAUACAGA